GCCAUGUAUUCUUGAAUUAAGACACCCACUCUCCCCUCUACCUUCAUUUUCUCUCUUCUUACUUUAUCUCUCUUUUGGUGUACUGCAUUCAUCCCCCUUCGAUCCUCCGACCCAAAAUCCAUUCCAGCCAUAUAUCAUUCCUAUCUUUCUGACUUAGACCUUGGUAGGUCAGGUUCAUCGGAUUGUGCCUUGCACUUCUUGAUGGAGAAUCGGAGCUUCCGCAGGGCAAUGAGCUUUGCCAUACCCGACGUGGCCCUCGAGUGCGUGAUGGCCUACAUCGACGAUCCCCACGACCGCCACGCAGUUUCUCUGGUGUGCCGGAAGUGGUACAACAUCGACGCACUGACGCGAAAGCACAUCACAAUCGCUCUCUGCUACACAACCACGCCAGCCCGACUCCGGACGCGGUUCCCACACCUCGAGUCUCUGAAAUUGAAGGGAAAACCACGAGCAGCAAUGUACAGCUUGGGCCUCACACCUGAAGAUUGGGGAGGGUACGUCGAGCCAUGGGUCAAUCAGAUCUCAGAAUCCUUCAAUUGCCUCAAAUCACUCAAUUUGAGGCGGAUGAUCGUGUGGGACGCUGACCUCAAUGUGCUGGUUCGCUCACAUGGGCAUAUGCUGCAGGAGCUUAUGCUAGACAAGUGUUCUGGGUUCUCCACAGACGGAUUAUUGCAGGUCACCAGAUCUUGCAGAUGCCUAAGAACCUUGUUUUUGGAAGAGAGUUCCAUUGUUGAGAAAGAUGGUGAUUGGCUUCAUGAGCUUGCUGUUAAAAACAGAGUCCUAGAGACUUUGAAUUUUUAUAUGACGGAGCUCAAAUUCAUCAACAGCACAGACCUCGAACUGAUAGCCAAGAACUGUAAUUCUUUACUUUGUUUAAAAAUCAGUGAUUGUGAAAUCUUCGAUCUAGCUGGUUUUUUUCGUGCAGCAUCAAAUUUAGAGGAGUUUGGUGGAGGUUCAUUCAACAACGUUGAAGGAGGAGAUAUCAUCUCCGAGUACUCGAGCAUGUCAUUUCCUCCAAACUUGCGGCAUGUGGGUCUAAACUACAUGGGGAAGAAUGAGAUGUCUAUGUUAUUUCCGCGUGCAUCUUUAAUUAAGAAGCUGGACCUUCAAUAUACAUUGCUUGAUACUGAGGAUCAUUGCCAGCUGAUUCAACGAUGCCCUAAUUUGGAAGUUCUUGAAGUGAGGAAUGCGAUUGGAGACCGCGGAUUAGAAGUUGUUGCUCGCAACUGUAAUAAACUUCGGGGGCUUAGGAUUGAGAACGGGGACGAUGAAGAAGGCGUGGUUUCGCAGAAGGGCUUGGCUAUACUUGCACAAGGCUGUCCGAAGCUGGAAUACCUCACCGCCUAUGUAUCUGAUAUCACGAAUGCUGCCUUGGAAUCUAUUGGGGCUUUCUGCAAAAACCUCACUGAUUUCCGUUUGGUCUUGCUGCACAAGGAAGAAAGAGUAACUGAGCUGCCGCUCGACGACGGGGUUCGUGCUCUGUUAAUGGGUUGCCGGAAGCUGAGGAGGUUCACGCUCUAUCUACAACAAGGGUGUCUGACAGACGUCGGUCUUGGUUAUAUCGGCAAGUAUGGCGACAAUAUCAGGUCGAUGGUGUUGGGUUCUGUGGGAGAUUCCGAUGCCGGGCUUCUGGAAUUAUCGAAGGGAUGCCCAAAGCUGCAGAAGCUUGAGAUGAGGAGCUGUUGGUUCAGUGAGCGGGCACUGGCACUGGCUGUGAUGCAGCUGAAGAGUCUGAAGUACAUAUGGGUGCAAGGAUACAAAGCAUCUAAAACAGGCAGUGAUCUUUUGGGCAUGAAUCGUCCUUACUGGAACAUAGAAUUCAUUCCUUCGGGACAGUGGGGUAGGAUUGCGGAGCAGCCAGCUCAGAUACUUGCUUACUAUUCCCUUGCGGGUCCAAGAACGGAUUACCCUGAAACGGUCGUUUCUCUUUACCCGUCGUUCUUAGGUGCAUGACUCUGCGUAUCCUCUCUCUCUCUCUCUCUCUCUCUCUCUCUACACACAUACCGGGAAUCAUUGCAGGGACUGCCUGGAUCGGAUUUGUUGCUGUUUUAGCUUGACAUUUUCUGUCUCUGAAUUGUUGUUAUAGAUGUAGCUUCGGAACUUUUCACAACGUUUCUACUUGAAGAACAGUCUAUUAAUAAAAAGAAAAUAGGAAAAAAAACGAUUA